AUGUACACAUACAAGUUCCAUUCGGGCCUCCCCUUAAAGGAAACCAUCCUUUCACCAAAUGUUCCCAAAUGCCCAUUCGUUUCCCCCUUCGCAACAGCUCAGACUUCUCCCGGCCGCGGGGAGGUUGUCCUCUCCGUGCUGCCCCCUUACGUCACAACCAUCUCUCACCUGUCCUACCAGUACCCGCUGAAGCUUCUGAACAGAACUCCCGCAACGCCCCUCAAUUCCAAAUACCCGGAAUCCGCAACUAUCCCCGUCCAUCUCUACCUGCUCACCUACGGCGGCGGAUUGCUUCCCGGUGACCACAUUGAUGUCUCGAUCACCCUGCAACCGUGCACGAGAUUGGUGGUGACGACGCCGCAAGGGAGCACCAAGAUAUACAAGACAGAGCGGACGCGGGCGACGGACAGAGGCGGGCAGCCCGUUCUCCAAGACCACGAUCCCAGCAACAAAAGGAUUAACAUCCAGCAACCAACGGGAAAUGGCAAUAGCAAAGUUGUUAAUAUUAAAACUAACCUUCAUGACAAAGGCUUGCCACAAUGCAACAGUUCUCAGGCACUCGACGUGAAACUGAGCCACCAAGCAGGCCUCUGCUACAUCCCUGACCCCUCCCAACCGUUCCAAGAUAGCCAGUAUGAGCAGGUGCAGCGAUUUACACUUCUGCAGGACAAGCACCCAGAGGACGCAAAUACCGCCACCGGCAACCACGGACCCAGCCUCUGCAUCCUCGACUGGGUAACCCAAGGCCGCACCGCGCGGGGCGAAGACUGGGACUUCCACUCCUGGAAGGGUCGCAACGAGGUCUGGUCCGAGGACCCGUCCACGGGCGCCCGCAAGCUGCUGCUCCGCGACACCGUCGUCCUGGAAGACGAGACCAGAUACACAGAGGACCAGGAUGGGAACCUCCUACCCAGCCCGGACUUGGAUUCCAACCCGAUCCCGCCCCCGCUGCCACCGUCGACAUGCUCGCAUACACCCGCAUCGUCGCAGCAAACAGCACACGCCUCCCCCGCUGCGCUCUCCAUCCAGUCCCGCACACGCCCGCACGGGAUCGUGAGAACCCUCAUCCUACACGGACCCCUCUUCGACUCCCUUGCCUCCUUCAUCAUGGAGGAAUUCUCCUCCCUCCCGCGCAUUGGCGGGCGGAAUUGGGCUGCAUCAUCCAAUGCGGCCAGCGCCUUUGCUCCCAUACCCAGCACCAGAGCCUCUGGGCAGGUCCCCGUAACAUGGACGGCGGCACGAGUGCGAUCGAAUUUCGUGCUUGUGAAGUUCGGAGCGAAGGACUUUGAGAGCGCGAAGGGGUGGUUGGGCGAGUUGAUGAGGAGGGAGGGGAGUGUGGUGGGGGAGUUUGGCACGGAGGCGCUGGGGUGUUUGUAA